CUUUGCAUAGCGAAUUAUAACCCUGCGGUGCCUCGGUGCCUCUCGGUGCGCGACCGCAUCAUGAAAAAUGUUAUUGGAAAAAGUUGGCGUGACGCCGCUACGUUGAUAGUGCUCACGAAGCGUAGUAAGCAGUCGCUGUCGCGCGGCGGUGUUAAUUACGAAAUUCUGUUGCAGACUCGGACGGGUCGCGGUGCGUUUCCAAACAGCGUGGUGUUCCCCGGCGGAGUUACCGAAGACGCUGACGAAGACGAUCGCUGGCUACAGCUGUUCAGUUUGUUUGGUUACACGAACAGAGAUUUAGAGUCUCUACAUCACGCUAAUGGUCCUAUCACUUCAAUUUUACAAAAGAAUCCCAUUCGAAGGCACAUAUCAUUAAGAAUUACAGCCAUCAGGGAAACUUUUGAAGAGUUAGGAAUUCUGCUAUGCAGUCAGCAGCACAAGAAGCAAAAGGACGGCUUAAGGGCGGAUUUCAUAUCUAAUAUUGAUGUUAAAACUUGGCAGGACAGAGUAAGCAAGAAUCCAGAAAGCCUUUGGAACCUGUGUGAAGAUUAUAAGUGCUAUCCAGACAUAUGGUCACUACAUUACUGGAGCAAUUGGUUAACUCCAGCCACUUUACCGAAGAGAUUCAACACAGCCUUCUUUGUGACAGCGUUAGAGGAAAAGCCUGAGUUAAAAAAUUACUCUACAGAAGUUGCCUUUGUUAAGUGGUCAGACCCAACUGAGAUACUCAACAGCAGUGACGUGAAGUUAUACCCACCUCAAUCAUACGAACUGACACGGUUGUCUCACGUGAAGGACCUGGAUGAACUGAUUGAAUUUGCCAAGAGCAACAGUUGUUAUGGUCACGAACUUGUCUUUCCUGUGUACGUAAAAGUAGCCGAUGGAAUUCUGCAAAUAUUACCUGGUGACGACCUGUAUCCCUCAGAUGUAAACGACAAUAAUAAUAAUAAUAAAUAUAUAGACAAGACGAUUUUAGAAUUAAGAGAAAACUGUAAAACUAUCCACAGAGCGGAAUACCCAAAAUCGAAAGAUAUCAAACCAGUGUUUGUAAUUAGGAAUUACAAACCAUACAACCAUAUCGACAUGGGUGAUCGUAAAAUUACAUUACAAAAAAAUUAAAUAAUUUUGC